GAAUCAGUGACUUGCAGUCUUCAGUCCUGGGGGUAAUUUAUUUGCUACUUGGAGGAACCAGUGAGAAAGCAGACUCCCGCAUAACACAGAUACUCUGUGGACCCCUCAAAACCAUCCUAUCUUCUGCAAAGACUUCAGCUGCCCCUCCCGGGCUCUCUGCUUCCACUGGGCACAUGCUGAUGCCCCUGAGUGGGCUGCUUUGGUGGUGGUGCUGCUGCUACUGCUGUGCCUGGUACCGCUUUGGACUGUGCACCCCAGCUCCCCAGAUGUUGCGCCACCAGGGUCUCCUCAAGUGCCGCUGCCGCAUGCUCUUCAAUGACCUGAAGGUUUUCCUACUUCGGCGCCCCCCUCCAGCACCCCUGCCCAUGCACGGAGACCCCCAGCCCCCAGGUUUGACCGCCAACAACAAUACCCUUCCGGCUCUGGGUGCCGGGGGGUGGGCAGGCUGGAGGGGCCCUCGAGAAGGGGUGGGCAGGGAGACCCCUCCUCUGCCACCUCCACCACCUUUGCCACCUUCUUCUGUGGAAGAUGACUGGGGUGUCCCAGCCACGGAGCCACCUGCCUCACUGCUCAGCAGUGCCUCCUCAAAUGACUUCUGUAAGGGGAAGGCUGAGGACUGCUACUCACUGGGCAGCAGCCUGGACAGUGGCAUGAGGACCCCGCUGUGCCGCAUCUGCUUCCAGGGGCCAGAACAGGGGGAGCUGCUGAGCCCGUGCCGCUGCGAUGGCUCUGUCAAGUGUACCCACCAGCCUUGCCUCAUCAAGUGGAUCAGCGAGCGUGGCUGCUGGAGCUGUGAGCUGUGCUACUACAAGUACCACGUCAUUGCCAUAAGCACAAAGAAUCCUCUGCAGUGGCAGGCCAUCUCUCUGACAGUCAUUGAGAAGGUGCAGAUUGCAGCCGCCAUCCUGGGUUCCCUCUUCCUCAUCGCCAGUAUCUCUUGGCUCAUCUGGUCAACCUUCAGUCCCUCAGCAAAAUGGCAGCGCCAAGACCUCCUGUUCCAGAUCUGCUACGGGAUGUAUGGGUUCAUGGACGUGGUGUGCAUUGGUCUCAUCAUCCACGAGGGACCCUCCGUGUACCGCAUCUUUAAACGGUGGCAGGCUGUCAACCAGCAGUGGAAAGUGUUGAACUAUGACAAGACAAAAGACCUGGAGGAUCAAAAGUCAGGAGGCAGGACAAACCCCCGGACCUCCUCGUCCACCCAGGCCAAUGGCCUCUCCUCGGAAGAGGAGGCUGCGGACACCCCUGCCCCCGAGGAAGGCCCUGCCCAGGCAGCCAGCCAGCCCUCAGGCCCUCCCUCUGAUCACCACUGUGCUUACACCAUCCUGCACAUCUUGAGUCACCUAAGACCUCAUGAACAGCGGAGCCCCCAGGGCGGCAGCCGAGAGCUCGUCAUGAGGGUCACAACCGUGUGA